CCCUUCCUUUUUUCUCCCGGCGAUCGAUCCAAUCUCGGCGAAUUGCGGGGAGGAAAACCCCGCCGAAUUUUGAAUUCCCAGGUCGGUUUAUUUGUUGGCGGAAGAGAUGCCGAUAUCGGAUGCAGUGACGGUGAACCUGACACCGAUCUACGUGGCGGGGAUCGCAGGUGUCAAGCUCACGUUCGCCGCCGUCUCCUCCAGCAACGUCAGCUCGCUCCUCGUCGAGGCCGACUGGCUCCUCACCUUCGGCUCCGUCAUGUCCAAACACUACGACGUCGUCGAGGCCUCGGUCUUGUAUGAUGACUUCGAUGGAGGCAGCCAGCUGAAGGAGGUUGCGGCAGGUCGGUUGUCUUCGUUCGACGUCGUCUGGCCGGAGCUAACGUUCAGCAUCGGCCUGAAGGCAGCGGCGGCAGGGGAUGGCGGGAGUGUCUUGGGGGAUGUAGUUGAUGGUACGACGGGUCGGUGUGAUAACAGUUCAAUUUUUGUUUAUUAUUUUUAUAGUUAAUUUACCCUUAUACCCUUAAUGAAUUCUGUUGUUAGUA